AUGAAUAUGGAUCACUAUGACGAUGGAGGAGUGAUGGCUCUUGUUUGCCACCAUGAUGCCCCCCUCUUCCUCGCCACCAUCAACACUCCUGGUGAGCAGCAAAAGUAUGCUGUUUCCCUCAUAGAACAUCUGUUUUCCCUUCUGCCUCCAACAGCCACGGUGACCAUUCUCUAUGAUGUUGCAUGUGUUCUUGAUCGCAGCCUUAACUUCGUAAGUGCGCCACUACAUUCACACAUCUCUUCCUCACCACAAGCCAGUUUGACAUACUUCCCGAAAGCCUCACCAGUCGUGCUGACUUUGGCACCAGUCCCAUGCAUGCCUACGUUCAUCAGUGGUCAUGCCAACUCAUCUACAACCCACGUAUUUGAGAAGGACCUGGCCUUUCUGAUGGGGAGGGCAUGGAGCCGACGACAACACAUCUGGAUGCUUGAUCGUCAAUCCUGUUCCAUAGGAGCUGAGCUAUGGGAUGACCUCAGUGAUUGGAUCCGGCAGAGACUCAAGACCAUCGCAACUGAAGAAAAUGAGGUGCAGAAGAUUUUGAGCAAAUGCGGUGUACCAGUGAGUGAGUUACGGACUCAGUGGGGGUUACAGAAAGCAGCCCAGCUUCCUAUCCGUGCUCAUGCCCCUGCCUGUCUCAAGAAGGAACUGGAUGCCGUGCUUAAGCUCCAAACCACCAUUGACACCACCAAUGAUUGUUUGAAGGAGAAGGUCGAACAACCCUAUGCAUCAUUAAACAUUCAGGACUCGUUCCCUGAACUUGAGGAUAUUGACCUGGACUUCGUAAAACUCUUGGUGCUAGCACGCGAUCUCAAAAUAAACAUCCGCAAGCGGGCCAUUGGGAGUUUUUUUGAGUGGGAUCUGUUGGAUCAAGCCACUGGGGGACGUCAACAUGCUAUCGGCUCGUUUUGGUGUGUUGUAUCUAAUACACCGCGACAGGCACAAAGAUUCACCAAAACACGCAAAAUGCGAUUGCGAAACACAAGCCAGCUCUUCUCAGGGCUAUUCUAA